AUGAACAUAGUGCUCAAUACGAUCAAUGACCGGUUGGAGAGACAUGAUGAGCGGAUUGACCAGUUGCGACAAGCUCCCAAUCAGCACCCAAGGAGGAACAAUAACCGACAGCCAGCACCUACUAUUGAUCCAUUUGAUGACCACGAGGAGGGAUCCUAUGAUGAUGAGGAUGAUGUGUCUUCCAUUGCCACAAUGAGACGAGCUCGAGGAGCAAGGGCUGAGAGGCCAUGGCGCGGACGUGGGAGGCACCAAGAAAGAGACACCAUUGAUCGUAAUAUGGGAUCCAUCAAGUUGACCAUUCCUCCGUUCCAAGGCAAGAGCGAUCCCGAUGUGUACAUUGAAUGGGAAAGGAAGGUUAAGUUGGUUUUUGAUUGUCACAACUACUCCGAGGAGAAGAAGGUGAAGCUUGCAGCUGUGGCAUUCACCGACUAUGCCAUAGUUUGGUGGGAUCAAUUGACGGUGAGUAGACGCCGAAAUGGGGAGCGACCUAUUGACAAUUGGGAGGGCAUGAAAGCUGUCAUGCGGAGGAGGUUUGUCCCAUCCCAUUACUACCGGGAUUUAUACUUGAAGCUGCAAAAUCUUAAGCAAGGGUCUAAGACCGUGGAGGAGUACCACAAGGAGAUGGAGAUUGCCAUGAUUCGCGCCAAUGUUGAGGAUGAUCGAGAGGCAACCAUGGCUCGGUUCAUUAGUAGACUUAAUCGGGAGAUUGCUAAUAUUGUGGAGCUGCACCAUUAUGUGGAGCUUGAAGAAUUGGUACACAUGGCUAUGAAGGUUGAGAGGCAACUCAAGAAGGGGGGACGAUCGUCAUCCAGGUUCGAAUCCUCUAAUUCGAAUUCGAAGUGGACUUCCAAGUUUGAAGGGGCUGGACCUAAAUGGGCUGGUUCGAAGCAAGAAGAGAAGGCCAAGGGAGACAAGCCCGCAGCCAAGCCAUCAUCUGAUUCUAAGGAGAGGGGUAACUCUUCUUCCCAACCUCAAAGAAACCGUGAUGUAAAGUGCUUUUGUUGUUUGGGUUCUGGUCAUUAUGCUUCUCAAUGCCCGAACAAGAGAGCCAUGAUUAUGUUAGAUAACAGGGAGAUUGAAAGUGCGGAUGAGCAUGAGAGUGACAUUGACUCUAUACCAUCACUUGAAGAUGCCGAUGAUGUGGAGCAUGCUGUAUCGGGUCAAACUCUUGUUGUUUUGAGAGCUCUACAUGUGCAAGCCAAAGAAGAUGGUGAUGAGUUACAAAGAGAGAACAUUUUCUACACUCGAUGCCACGUGAAGGAUCGAGUAUGUGGACUGAUUAUUGAUGGAGGAAGCACUGUGAAUAUGGCAAGCAAGCUGAUGGUGGAGAAGCUUGGUUUGAGCACUCAAAAGCAUCCGAGGCCAUAUAGGCUUCAAUGGCUGAAUGAGAGUGGUGAAUUGAAGGUGACAAAACAAGUGUUGAUCUCAUUUUCUAUUGGGAAGUACCAUGAUGAAGUUUUGUGUGAUGUAGUUCCUAUGAUAGCCAGCCAUUUGUUACUCGGAAGGCCAUUGCAAUUUGAUCGAAGGACUAUACAUGACGGGUACAAGAAUCGGUAUAGCUUCAUCAAGGAUGGUCGAAACAUGACACUUGCCCCACUGCCACCACAUCAAGUGUUCGAAGAGCAACUCCAAAUCAAGAAGUCCAGUGCUGAGAGUUCAAAAGAAAGUAAGAGAAAGUAUGAUGAUGUGUUUCCUGAGGAGAUGCCAUCGGGAUUGCCACCAAUCCGUGGGAUCGAACAUCAAAUUGAUUUCAUCCCGGGAGCACCCAUUCCAAACCGGCCAGCAUAUCGGUGUAGUCCCGAAGAAGCAAAAGAACUCCAAAAGCAAGUUGAUGAGCUGCUGACCAAGGGCUAUGUUCAAGAGAGCAUGAGUCCAUGCUCUGUGCCCGUGUUGCUUGUACCCAAGAAAGAUGGCACAUGGAGAAUGUGUGUGGAUUGUCGAGCUGUGAAUAAGAUAACGGUAAAGUAUCGCUAUCCUAUUCCUUGA